AUGACGGAGGCGUUUGAAGUGUACGCCUACGUAGUUGGUGCAGGUGUCUUUGGUAUCCUAUUUGCGGCCUAUUUGUUCUGGGAAGUGUCCAAGAUCAAAGUGACUCGUCGUGGUGAUGGUUACGCCUUGUUGUCAUCGGACGUGCGUCAUCAGACGGCUGAUCGUCUGUUUGAAAUCUACUGCGCCAUCCAAGAAGGUGCCCGGGCCUUCCUAUUGGCGGAGUACACCCUGUGCUUUGCCUUUAUCAUCGUCUUUGGCGCCGUGGUCCUCGUGCUCACGUCGUUUGUCAACAAGGAUGGCCAGCGUUUCGACUGGCUCUUCGGUACCUUAAAUGCUACGGCCUUCGCUGUCGGUGGUCUCACGUCGAUGGCUGCUGGCUACAUGGGAAUGAUGGUGGCUGUCUAUUCAAACGCUCGUACGACGGUCUCUGCCAUGAAGGAAGGCGCUCGCGGCUGGCGUGAUGCCUUUAACACGGCCUUCCGUGCUGGUGCCGUCAUGGGCUUUGGUCUAAGCGCCAUCGCUCUGCUCGUGCUGUUCAUCUUGAUCAAGGCUUUUGAGACUCAAUAUCCGUUAUCGACGGACUAUAAGAAGCUGUUCGAGGCCAUCUCAGGCUAUGGACUGGGUGGUUCCUCUAUUGCCAUGUUCGGUCGUGUAGGUGGUGGCAUCUACACUAAGGCUGCCGAUGUUGGUGCUGAUCUUGCCGGCAAGGUCGUGGAGAACAUCCCUGAAGAUGACCCACGUAAUCCUGCUACUAUUGCUGACAAUGUUGGUGACAAUGUUGGCGAUGUUGCUGGCAUGGGUUCAGACCUCUUUGGCUCGCUUGCCGAGGCGACAUGCGCGUGCCUGGUGAUUUCCACGCAGAGUCCUGAGAUUAUCGCUGCCGGCUGGCCUGCCGUUCUAUUCCCCUUGGUGAUCACUGCAACGGGUAUCUUCGUAUCGGCCAUUGUUAGCUUUUUGGCCACGCACGUGUGGCCCGUUAAGAAGGAAAAGGAUGUCGAGACUGUGCUGAAGGUGCAGCUGUUCGCCUCCACUAUUCUCAUGACGGUUUUGAUUGUCCCAGUUGCCUUAUGGCUGCUGCCAUCGACCUUCUCGAUCGGUGGUUCGUACUCGGUGACCCCCAUCCGUGCCUUUUACUGCGUUGCUGUCGGCCUGUGGGGUGGCUGCAUUGUCGGUUUUGUGACGGAGUACUUCACGUCGCACAGCUACCACCCCGUUCGCGAGGUUGCGCAGGCUUGUGAGACUGGUGCCGCCACCAACAUCAUCUACGGUCUUGCUCUUGGUUACAAGUCGGCUAUCAUCCCGAUCACGAUCAUUUCGCUCGCUGUGUACGUCGGAUUUUCGACCGCCGGUAUGUACGGAGUCGCCCUUGCUGCUCUUGGCUUCCUGGGUACACUCGCCACUUGCUUGGCUAUUGAUGUGUAUGGUCCGAUCUGUGACAACGCUGGUGGUAUUGCUGAGAUGGCGGAGCUGCCCGCUGAGGUGCGCGACAAGACUGAUGCUCUUGACGCUGCCGGCAACACGACUGCGGCGAUUGGCAAGGGUUUCGCCAUUGGCUCGGCUGCUCUAGUUUCGCUGGCUCUGUUCGGCGGUUUUGUGACCCGUAUCGAGGAGAAGUCUAUCAACAUCCUAUCGCCUAUCACGUUUGCUGGUCUGUUUAUGGGUGCCAUGUUGCCGUACUGGUUCACUGCCUUGACGAUGAAGUCUGUCGGUGUUGCCGCUAUGGAGAUGGUGAAAGAGGUCAAGCACCAGUUUGCGACGAUCCCCGGUCUUCUUGAGGGUCUACCCGGCCAUGGUCCUCCGGACCACGCUCGUUGCAUUAAGAUCUCGACGGACGCAUCUUUGCGCGAGAUGAUUCCCCCAGGACUUCUUGUAAUGCUGUCUCCCAUCAUUGCCGGUACUUUCUUCGGCGUGCAUGCUGUGUCGGGUCUACUUGUUGGCAGCCUGACCUCAGGUGUACAGCUCGCCAUUUCGCAGUCGAACACCGGUGGUGCCUGGGACAACGCGAAGAAGUUUGUUGAGAAGGGCUGCGUGUCGAUUGAGGACAAGGAAGGUAAGCUCAUCGUGCAAGGUAAGGGCAGCGCCAUUCACAAAGCCGCCGUUAUCGGUGACACUGUGGGUGACCCGCUUAAGGAUACUUCUGGUCCAGCCCUUAACAUUCUGAUGAAGCUGAUGGCUAUCAUCUCGCUGGUGUUCGGCGACUUCUUCAAGAGCAUCAACAACGGCCGUGGUCUAUUGAACGUGCCUUCCGAUUUUGUGUCGGAAGCUGUUGCUGUUGUCCCCGCCGUGGUGGUUGCCGCUCCUCAGCUGUAA